GUCGUGCAACUGAUGUCCCUGAAGAGGAUGUCUACCUCUGUGAAUCAAGAUACGAUGAGGAUGAAGGAGGACAUUACAGGAAACUGAAGGGUUUGAAGGUACAUUUGAAUUCAAGCGAUCUCUCUAUAUGUUAAGAUUGGGAUUAGGGGCGGGGUCGGUUUAAUGCGGGGGUUAGGGUUGGGGUUAGUUAGGGUGGGGUCGGGGUUCAAUCGAUUGCCUGAAUAAAAUGUAAACAAGAAACUGUUUACGAACUUAUUUUCUAGAGACCAACGUUAUCGACCAGUGUCUAUGAAGAAGAAUUCUACUUCUUUGAAGAAAACCUCAAUCUUGUCAAAGUAAGAAAAAAUGUUUAUUUUAUAUUGAGUAUUUUCAAUUGAAUUCCAAUGUGAAUUUCAACUUGUAUUUCAAUUUCCAUGUGUUUUGUUUUAGAAACCAUCGCCAUUGUUGGUGAAAGAUUUGAGUGAACUUCGUCGAGAUGACAGGAUUGUUUCUCCUUCUUCUUCUUCUGCAGGCGAUGCAGAGUCGGGCAAGGUUUGAUAUUUGUUUUGUGGUGAUGGUAUAGUGGUCAGUGCAUGUGCCUUUUAUCUCAGUCACUGGGGAGUAAUUCACCAAUAUGCAGUGGUCUCAUUAUAAUUUCGCAUCAGUUGCAUGCGAAAAGAGUGCUUCCAGUUUGACUCUACUGUUCCAAACACCAGAGGUUUUCUCUGGAUAGCCCGGUUUCCUCCUGUACAAACAAGUUGACUGGACCUCUAGGGAAAACAGUUUCACACUAAUAGAAGUAUACGGUAUAAACAAUAUUAUUUUACUUUAGAUUUCCUCCUGUAGUAACACUGGAUCAAUAAGAGAUGAUCCUCACUGGACCUCUAGGAAGAACAGUUUAGAACUGAUAGAGCUAUCUAAUAUCAAUGAAGUUCCUCCUGUAGAAAUACUAGAUCAAUAAGAGUACUGAUAGGGCUAUCCAGUAUGAAUAGAGUUAGUGUAGUUAAGUGUUACCUUACAUCCUGUUAUUUUCCUUAGUCCGCAAAGAAACGUUUUCGUCCUCAAUCAGGAUUCCUGGUGUUCUCAGCAGAGAGACGCGGUGUCUUACGCAAACAGUAUCCAGACCACGGCUUUGGGGACAUCAGUAGACUGGUGGGGACUGAGGUAGGGUAUGAUAGGAGGUUCCCAGUGUACAUUCUAUAUAUUUAAUGCAACUAUAGGGCCAGGCCACAGAAUAAGGCACACAAAAGGUCGACUCGAGUAACCGCUGUCACGCCAUGAUUCAUCAUCAAAAUGCUGACGCCAUGGUCCUAGCCAGUGCGCGUUUGAGAGGCAUUCCCCUCCUGGACGUCCGCCAUUUUGAAUAUUAUCAGGGGGUGAAUGCCUCUCAAACGCGCACUGGUUAGGACCAUGGCGUAAGCAUUUGAAUAGGGAAAUCAUAGGAAAAACCAAGAAGUCCGCCUUCUGUGUAUCUUAUUCUGUGGCCAGGCCCUCUGGCAGGAAUCGAACUGCGGCUCUGCGUUUCCCGGUGCAGCGCUCUAACCAACUGAGCCACAGAAUCCAGUUGCGAGAUGCCCAAAAUAAUCCAGUCAUAUUUCUUGUUAGUGGAAGAACUUGAGUCCAAUGAAGCGGGAAGAAUGGGAAGCACGAGCGGCUGCCCAAGCAGCAAUUAAAGCACAAGUUCCAGUCACCUCUCCCCCUCCUUCGUACUUCACUGGACCCGGUAUGGCGUACGACUGUCUCUGGCAAGGCUGUGAUUACCAGUACGAGGACCUCAAUGAACUUAUCAUUCAUUUCUUAGAGAGCGGAGGACAUCUCAUCAAAAUGG